UGUAAACAUUACACAGAAGAAGAGGAAAAACACGUCGAAGGCGUUUUGGGCUAAAGGCUACAGCGUCGCUGUUAAAUAACUAGUUGUUUGUGGCUGAGAUUAAUUCAUUGUAUUUGUUAAAUGUAAUGUAUACAGCUGUCGGUCUCCUCGACUGGACCUAUGAGCAGAAAAGAGCGACUUACUGAUCAGUCCUGAGGAUCUCGCUUUUCUUAAGGAUCUUAUUUUCUUUCACCUCCUGGAAAUGCAGUUCUCAGCUAUGUGAGGAAGUGCAGAAGGUCGCUCUGGCAGCUUCCUCGGCGGCGUUCACCACGGCGGUAAACAUCAAACCCACCGUGUGCAGGGUGGUCAUCUACCUCCAGAGGGACAUGUCAGGAGACAGCUGCCUGCACCCGCUACGGCCUCAGGCCGAACCUGUCCUCUCCGUCUCUUCAACCGAAUGUCCCAAGAUCAAGAGUUGCGGCCAGCGUGGUGUGGCAGGAAGCAAAUAUAUCCGCCUCAACGUGGGAGGAGCGCUCUACUAUUCCACGUUGCAAGUGCUUACGCGACAGGACACAUUGCUCAAGUCCAUGUUUAGUGGCAAGAUGGAGGUCUUCACCGACAAGGAAGGUUGGAUUUUGAUAGACCGCUGUGGGAAACACUUCGGCUCGAUUCUCAGCUACUUGCGGGAUGGAACCGUAACUUUGCCCAAGAGCACGCAGGGUGUCAUGGAGAUUUUCACUGAGGCGAAGUAUUAUCAGAUCCAGGGGCUGGUGGAGUUGUGUCAACAUGCACUUCAGGACAACAUGCAGAAAGCCCUGUGCGUUAUCCCCGUCAUCACGUCUCAAAAGGAAGAGGAGAGAUUGAUACAGAGUUGUACGAAGCCUGCAGUAAAGCUACUCUACAAUCGAGGAAACAACAAAUAUUCCUACACCAGCAACUCUGAUGACAACUUGCUCAAGAACAUCGAACUGUUCGAGAAGUUGUCGCUGAGCUACAACGGACGCGUGCUGUUCAUUAAGGACGUAAUCGGCGAUGAGAUCUGCUGCUGGUCCUUCUAUGGGCAGGGCCGCAAAUUAGCCGAAGUCUGCUGCACAUCCAUUGUCUAUGCUACUGAGAAAAAGCAGACCAAGGUGGAGUUUCCCGAGGCUCGUAUCUACGAAGAGACACUAAACGCUCUGCUUUACGAGACACUCCCAAUUCCUGACAACUCUCUCCUGGAGGCCACGCGCAGGCGGGCUCACUGCUGCUCACACAGCGAGGAGGACGAGAGUGUGGAGCUGAGAGAGCGAGUACGACGCAUACACAUUAAGAGAUACAGCACCUACGACGACAGACCACUGGGACAUUAGCUGAGAACCGAGAGUCUUCUCCACUAAAGGGCGAAAGCUUGCACAGUCUACUGAGAGCUCACGUACACACGUUCGGGACACAUUGUCGAGUGUGAGAAAAAUGAUAACACUAUACUCAGACCACCAUGUGAGCCACGAAUGAUCACAUCGGGGUGUCAUGCAAGUCCAUUGAAUUCAGAUACUGAUAGAUCAUUUAGACCGGUACUUAUUUUUUUGGGGGAAACGCACACGUGCCAGUUUUCUGGUGACGUAUACUUAAGUGUACUGAACAGCAUGAAAGUGUGAGCUUUCGCCCACAGGCGAAAAUUCCGUGAGAAAUAUCACACUACAGGCAACUCUCUUCUUGACAAUUUUUUAACCACUGAUUUAACGCUGCCAUAUCACAACGACGAAUCCUGACAAUCUCAUCAAAAAAAAUAACGAUCAGAUUCUUUCUGUUUAGUUGUGUAGUGAAAAAGGACCAGCACCUUUGUAGAAUGAUAGUGAUUUUAACCUCCUUUAAAAAUGUUUUUAUUUUAUUGUAUUUUUUAUUUUUUAGCUCUGUAUAGACACUAGAAUCGAAAUGACUGAUAUACCACUUUUGAAUAACCAGCAUUGGUUUAAAAAAACAACAACAACAACCUAAUCCUAUAAUGUGAACACACAUAGCAAGGCUUGCUGGUGUUUUUAAAAUCGUAUUUAUUUAUCUAUCUCCGAAUUGUAAUACUAGCCACUUUUAUAUUUGAUCGAAACAUAAUGCAAACUAAUUUAGAAAAUAGCAAGGAGCAAGCAUAAAUUUGCUGCACCUUUGUGACUUUUUCUCUCCGUUGAUUAUUUUAGGAUGCCUUCAAGCCACUCGUGCCUUCCUGUGUAUUAAGCAAACAGAAGUGAGCCCGAGGUCAAAAUAAGGUCCGAAAUGAGAUCUAAUGACAUAAUGGAGGAAUCGGUGAAAAUUUAAUACAGAAUGUGCUUUUGGAGUUCACUAAUUAUAUAUUUGUGAUUCUUGAUAAAUGAUGUAUUUUUGUUAAAUCUGUAGGUUUAUUUUGUCAAGCCUUUCAUACUCUUUAUAAAAGAUUUUAUUUAUACGGA